AAACCACAUCAUCAUCAAUUUUGCACUCUCAAGCAACUUUUAUACAUACAAUGGAGAGGGCAGUUGAUCCCCUUCAAGCGACGCAGCAUUUCGAUGCCGGCCUUAUUUUCUUAUCUUAUGUGAUUUCAGUCAUCGGUGCCCAGACAACCCUCGAAUUACUGGGACGACGUACAUCAGUGAAAGGAGCGUACAAUCUCUUUCUGCUUUGCGGUUCUGCUCUAGCUAUGGGCAGUGUUGGCAUCUGGAGCAUGCAUUUUAUCGGCAAUAACGCACUUAAACUUUCUUACAACGAUACAACAUAUCAACUCGUAUACGCACCUGGAUUCACAUUCAUCAGUUUAGUGGUCGCCAUUAUCUGCAUGUUCCUAUCAUUUGCCUUUGUUUGCUCUACGGAAGAAGUAUUGAUGACUCGCAUUAUUUUCAGCGGUGUGAUCGCAGGUGCUGGCGUGGUUGUGAUGCAUUAUGUUGGCCAAUAUGCUAUCAUGUUUUUUGUCCUUCAUUACUCCGUUCCAUACAUUGUCGGCGCAGCUUUGAUUGGUAUCGGAGCUACUACCACAGCGCUCUCUAUUUUUUUUAGACUACGCGCGCAAUGGGAAAACCAAUGGUACAAGCGUUUGGGCUGCUCCAUGAUUAUGGGACUGGCUGUGUGCGGAAUGCACUACGUUGCCAUGGUUGGCACUACUUAUGAAGUUUUGGAUCCAACAGCCACUCCACCUAUUCCUGCCUUGACUACCACAGCCCUUAUCAUUAUCAUUGCUGCCAUCGUGGUUGUUACCUGUGUUGGUCUCAUCUCCAUCCAAAUAUGGCAAUCCAAGGUUUUACUCAAGAAAACAUCUUCUAGCUUGGUGGUCAUCGAUGCCAUCUACUUUGAUAAUGAUGGUAAACUCAUGGUCAAAGAUGAUGGUACUGUUCCCGUGAGCGAGAUAAAAAUAAAUGGAAAACAGUCCGCGGUCGAAAAUCUUACUGUGAACAAUCCACUUUUUACUAUCUUGUUCAAAUUGUCUCUUGCCUGGGAGACCAAGAACACCAUUCAAAAAGCCAUUGAUGAAGAACAGCAUAUUGAAUUUCUUCAAGCAUUUGACUCGGCUGCCGGUGAACUUGCUGCUCAUAUAAAAAUUAAUCAUAACGAUGUCGGUACUUUGUACGAUGGCAUGUUAUCCAGCGGAACUCAGAAACGUCGUUCAAGACUCAGAUUCAUGAGCCCCUUCGAUAAAGUUUCUCUGGAACAAGACUCAAACAAUGGAAACGAGGCUAGAGGGAGCUACACUAAACGGAACUCACAAAAGGGUAUCGCCAGCACGCCGACCAGCUCAGUUUUUGAUACGUCUCCCAAAACGUACAGUCGUGGAAAGCACUUGUUUUUGGUCAGAAAGCUAUCUAAUUCAUCUGCAGUGAACCAUUUCACCGCGCAAGGUUUUCGAUUCUCCGAUCCCUCAUUUAUCGCUCAACGCAUUGCUGCCAAAUUGUCAGUUCCAGACGAUUAUAUGCUUUGGCAGUUGCGUGAAAUGCAAAUGUUCGCUGAUCAAGGUAUGCGUAUGAGCAUGGAAAUCGAUCGUCCAAUCGCUACCAAGGCCAUCUCUAGUGUCUAUAUGGGUCUACUUGUUCUGAUUGAGGGUGCAACACCUUCUGAAAGUGCCAGCAUUGUAGUGAACAGAGACAGGCGCUUUUGCUUGCCUAUUGUCCAACUCAAGGGUGAAGAUGUAGCCGAGCAUCGUGGUCCACUCAAGCCAAGUGAAAAGGCAUAUCUUGCCAAUCUACAGUUUUCUACUAUGUUGGACACUAUUAUUCCGCAAAGCCGAUCGUCUACCUCCAAUGAAGCAACUGCCAGUUUCCUGAACACAUCAGGACCUUCCGCAUUGCAUUUUAUGAACGCAUUCCAACAAGCUGCCAAAGCAUUAGCCAACAAAUCCACUUACUCUCAUCUAAUUGCUUCCAGAGCUUCUUUGCAUCGAGAUGUUAUCGAAAUGCCAGCAUUUUCUCUCACCCAUCAACCAUGCCAGCUCAUUUUAUACAAGGCAUACAUUAUCUCGCCCGAGAUUGCUGUAUCUAUCAACUCGUCCUCUACUGAUGAAGUCAAAUGCUUGUCGUUGCCUCUGUACAGAUCUAUCUGGGAAGCCACCACACAGGAAGCUAUUCAAGCCUAUCUGAAAAAACGCCAAACUGCAGUGCAGGCCAUGACUCAACGACAGCUCUAUGUGACUCAAAGCGUUCAAUCCAAUUAUUCAUAUGAAGUCAGAAGCCCUGAAACGGACUUGACUUCCUUGACCUCCUUGCCACCUCCUCCGCGUGCCAGACGUUCUCGUACACCCAAGCCUAAACCGGUUCCUAACACAAAGCUAGGGAACUUCCUCGGUGGCAAACUUGGUCGAGAGAAUUCGGAUGGCUUACAGGAACAUGAUAUGACCGAGUUCACCGAAAUGAUGCCUAUUUUGUCAACCGCUGAGCGGUUUCAAUGGUUGGAAGAUGUCAUUGACGAGAUGACAGAUUCCUUCUAAACACACUGCCGAUAUCAACCAUGGGUGUUGACUUAAUUUCUUCAUAUCUUUCCAUCUCUUAACUUGCAAUUUUCACCUAUAUAUUUUUUUUUGGUUUUCUUCUUUUAAUUGUCUUAUUCAUGUAUAGUUUUCGCAUUAUAUUUCCCUAUUCUUUUGUACACUGUGUUUUGCCUUCAUUUUACCUUCGUUUAGAUCUUUCAAAAGUGUCUAGAUAAACAAUACGUGAGGUCUCUCUACAUCCC